GUUCAGCUUGAGGUGGUGAUCUGUCUGGAGGAAUACUGGAAAGAGAAGACAUCUCGACAAUGUCCAGUCUGCAGAAAAAAAUCAUCACUGGAAUUCCCCCCCUGUAACCUGGUUUUAAAGAACCUGUGUGAGGCCUACUUACAGGAUAGAAGUCAGAGAGCUUCAGCAGUGCCUGAGGUGCUCUGCAGUCAGCACAGUGAGAAACUCAAGCUCUUCUGUCUGGAGGAUAAACAGCCCAUCUGUUUGGUGUGUCAAACUUCAAAAAAGCAUAAAAGCCAUGACUGCUGCCCAAUAGAUGAAGCUGUACUGGAUCAUAAGGAGGAACUCAAGACUGCACUGGAGCCCUUAAAAGAGAAGUUGAAGGUCUUUAGAGAAGUUAAACUGASCURUGAUCAAACAGCAGUACACAUCAAUAGUCAGGCCCAGCACACAGAGAGGCUGAUUAAGACAGGGUUUAAGAAGCUUCAUCAGUUUCUACAUCAAGAAGAGAGAGCCAGGAUAGCUGCACUGAAGGAAGAAGAGGAGCAGAAGAGUCUGAUGAUGAWGAAGAAGAUUGAUGAGAUGAGCAGAGAGAUAUCAUCACUKUCAGACACAAUCAGAACCAUAGAGGAAGAGCUGGGCGCUGAGGACAUCUCAUUCCUGCAGAACUACAAGGAUACAGUGAAAAGAGCCCAGUGUCCACUGCCAGAUCCAGAGAGGGUUUCAGGAGAACUGAUAUACUUUGCAAAGCACCUGGGCAACCUGCAGUUCAGAGUCUGGGAGAAGAUGCAGGGAGGAGUUCAAUACACUCCAGUGACUCUGGACCCCAACACUGCCCACCCAGAACUCAUCCUGUCUGAUGAUCUGACCAGUGUGAGACACAGUGAUGAGGAACAGCAGCUUCCAGACAACCCAGAGAGAUUUGAUGAGGAUGGAACRGUCCUGGGUUCUGAGGGYUUUAACUCAGGAACACACAGCUGGGACAUUGAUGUUGGGGAGAAUACAUUCUGGGACCUGGGUGUGACCACAGAGUCUGUCCAGAGGAAGGGAGACAGUGGAUAUUGGCAUGGAUCCUGGGGUGUGUUGUUUGGUGUUGGUAAAUAUAAAACACAUGUACCAAAUAAGCCAUUCACUCACCUCACAGUGAGACAGAACCCCCAGAGGAUCAGAGUGCAGCUAGACUGGGAAGGAGGAAAGCUGUCAUUCUCUGACCCUGUCAAUAACACACAUCUACACACAUUCACACACACUUUCACUGAGAGAGUCUUUCCAUACAUCAGGAAUCUCUGUUUUCUCCACCCUCUGASAGUGUUACCAGGUAAGGUGACUGUAUCAGUGGAUACUGUCUCUGUCUGAAUCAGGGACUAACAUGAUGUAAAAUAGUCAGUAACACCCAUUGAUGUCUUUCAUURCRAUUCUCACAGAGGGAGGACACACUGUGAUGGAGAGUAUCAUUGUUGACUCACCUGUUACUAUUAUAGAAUAUAAAUGUCACCUGUUGGUUGUUGGGUUUUCUUUUUAACACAUUUAGAUGUUGUCACUGGUUAUGUUAACACUGGCAUGUAYCCCAAUACACUUGGGCUCCCUGAAAAACAUUUGCCGUAUAGUGUUGUGGCCGUGGACCAAGACUCAGWUAACUAGCCUGUUAACACCAAMAUGUCUAUGGAAUGCAACACAU